AUGAUUCGAAGAUCGUCGGCUACUUUCAUAGCACUCAUACUGACGCUUGUCAUAAUCACCCUGGUAUCCCUGCGAUCGGACCAUGUGCCUGGACGAGCGGCUGUGUCCAUGGUGGAAGAUCGAAUCACACGGGUCCAACCUGGCUCGAAAAAAGCUGCGGCGCCGGAAAAGGUCAACAUUGUGAAGGAUGACACGUCAUCGGAGAACAUCAAGGCCAAGAAUGAGGCCGCCCAGCAGGUUCCCGACAUUGGCGGACCCUCCAUUAUGGCCAAGAUGGGUAACGAGACUCUCAAGGCUGAACUAGGAAGAGCAUCGUGGAAACUGUUCCACACCAUCAUGGCCCAGUACCCCGAGACACCCACAAAACAGGAGCAAACCACGCUGAAAAACUACAUAUAUCUCUUCUCUCAGGUCUACCCCUGUGGUGAGUGUGCUGAGCACUUUCAGAAGCUGCUGGCAAAGUUCCCCCCACAAGUCUCGUCUAGAAACACUGCAUCACAGUGGGCUUGUUACGUCCACAACCAGGUCAACGAGCGGCUUGGAAAGGAGAUUUUCGACUGCAACAAUGUCGGAGAACAUUACAAGUGUGGAUGUGCCGAGGACGAGGAAGGAGGCGAGAAAAAGGAGGAGGACUCCGAUAUCAUGGAGCCCAUGGAAGAUGAUUUCACGUUUGGUCUCAAGUUGGAUGAGAACGAAUAA